UCCUGAGAAUCUGCCCACCUUGAAGGUUACAAUUGAAAAUAAAGAUUCUGUUCUGAAUACAGCCACCAAAAUGAAGGAUGUACAAAUAUCCACACCAGCAGAACAAGACUUAGACAUGGCAUCAGAGGGAGAGCAAAAGAGGCUUGAAGACUAUGAAAAUAACCAGCCACAGGUGAAAAACCAAAUACAUUCUAGGGGUGACCUUGAUGACAUAAUUCAGUCAUCUCAAAUAGCCUCAGAGGAUGACUCGCUUUGCUCCAAUUGUAAGAAAGUUAUGUUACUCAUUGAUCAACAUGAAAUGAAGUGUAAAGGUUGUGUUCACCUAUCAAAAAUUAAAAAUGAUUUUCAUUUUUGUAAAGAUAAUCACUGUGAGCGACUUAUAGUAAAAAUUCAAAAAAUGAAAAAUAAGAUUAGUGUACUACAGAAGAGACUAUCUGAAAAAGAAGAAAUAAAAUUGUGCUUAGAGCAUGAAAAACUUGAAUGCGAACGAGAACUCUGUAAUGUGAGAUUUGCCAUACAGCAAGAAAAAGAGAAAAGAAGAAAUGUUGAAGAGUUGCACCAAAAAGUUCGGGAAAAGUUAACAACACAAGAGCAAUAUAAGAUAGAAGUUGAUGUGACAGAACAAGUUAAACUGGCUAUCACAGCACUGGAGAUUGUAUUGAAGAGUGUAAGAAAGAAUUCAAAUCAGAUUUCCGAUACUGAUAAAAAAGAAGACCUGCUGCAUGAAAACCACUUGAUGGAAGAUGAAAUUGCCAAGCUCAGACUGGAAAUAGACACACUAAAAAACCAAAACCUGGAAAAGAAAUACUUAAAAGACUUUGAAAUUAUGAAAAGAAAGCAUGAAGACCUUCAAAAGGCUCUAAAACGGAAUGGGGAAACAUUAGCAAAAACGAUAGCUGAUUAUAGUGGACAGCUUGCUGCUCUGACAGAUGAGAACGCAACGCUCCAUUCCAAACUGGAGAAGGAAACACAGAGCAGGCAAAGACUGGAAACAGAAACGGAAUCAUACCGUUGUAGACUGAAUGCUGCUCUAUCUGAUCAUGAUCAAAGUCACUCAUCAGAAAGAGACCAAGAGCUUGCUUUCCAGGGCACAGUAGAUAAAUGGUGUCAUUUACUGGAAAAUUCGAAUUCUUGUGUUCUGACUCUUUCUCAGCAACUUUCUAAAGCUGAGAGUAAGUUAAGAGUCCUCGAAACUGAGCUCCAUUACACAAGAGAGGCUGUGAAAGAAAAGGCUUUGGUUUAUGAACAUGUACAAAGAGAACUAAACCAGAAACUGUGUCAAAUGAAGGACAUUGAAAAAAUGUACAAAAAUGAAUAUGAUAAAAUGGAAAAAUGCAUAGAAAAGCAGGAAAGAUGUUGUCAACUAGCAAAACAAAAUAUGUUACUUCAACAACAACUGGAUGAUGCUCGCAAGAAAGUUGACAAUCAAGAAAAAGCAAUACUUAAUAUUCAAGCCAGAUGUGAUGCUAGAGUACAAAACUUUCAAGCUGAGUGCAGAAAGCACCGUCUUUUACUACAAGAAGAAAAUAAGAGGUUGGUCAAUGAAUUGAAUCAUUUGAAAGAAAUAGAACGCCAAAAUGAAAAAGAGAAAGCAGAAAGAGAAGUAAUUGUGAGACAACUUCAGCAAAAACGAAAUGAUGUCUUAAACAAACAAUUGUCAACAAAAGCUUUGCUGGAUGCUUCAUGGCGUCACAGCGUCCAUUUAGAAAAUGAGUUGCAGGAUUCAAGGAAGAAAUUAGACCAGAUAAGAAGUCAAUUUCCAGAAAUAGCCGAUCAACUUAGAGCUACUAUAAGAUGUACUAAGAAGAUGGAAGGCCAUGCACACAGGCUUGAAAUAGAAAAUGCCAUGAUAAGAAAAACUAUUAAAAAACAGGAUGAACAAAUUGAGCGUCUUGAGAAAAUCCUGCAGCGUCGAAGUUUGAUGCUGCCGGUGUUCAGGAAGUAGAUGAAGCAUCCAGCCAAACUAGACUACAUGGAGCUCCACAGUGAUUGUCCUCACCUCCAGCUCUUUGCAUUUACUUCUUCCCUCUAUUCUCCAUGUGUUUUCCUUCUCCUUCAGAUAUUAACCUAUGAAUUGCCUCCACCAAAAAGCCUACAAUAUUGACACAAACCUGGGCUAGUAUCCCUUCUGUGUCUUCCAAUAAGUGCUGUCUUAUGCCUGUCAUUGUAUGUAUGACUCUGUAUGGGAAUUGCCUGUUUGUUUUUUCAGAUUAUAGCAUACAGUUGUUGAAGGGUGGACCGUAUCAUCUUUAUCUUGUAAUUCCAGUGCUUGUCCUAGUACCUUAGCAUAUGGUUGCUGAAUACAUGAAUGAAGAGUGAGAAAUGCAAAAGCUCUGAUACUUCACCGCCAUGAUAAUGAAUUCUGUGUGCAACUAUGGGCAAAUUACAUUUAAUAGUAAUUGCAUAUUGUACUUAUUUUCCAUUCUUAUUAACACUGAUAAAUGUUUCAACUUAUACUGACUUUCUUUUAGUUAUCUGUGAAAUCAUUUAGAUAAAGAAUAUAAUUCUUUCUUUUUCAUUCUAACUUUUGAAUUUAAAUCUGGAUCCUCUAUAGCAGGGGUCCCCAAUCCCCAGGCCAUGGACAUGGUCAUAGACAGACAGGUCUAUGACCUGUUAGGAACCAGGCUGCAUGGCAGGAGGUGAGUGGCAGGCAAGCGAGUGAGGCUUCAUCUGUAUUUCCAGCCACUCCCCGUUGCUCACAUUACCACCUGAGUUCUGCCUCCUGUCAGAUCAGCAAAGGCAUUAGAUUCUCGUAGGGGUGAAAACCCUAUUGUGAAUUGCACAUUCAAGGGAUCUAGGUCACAUGCUCCUUAUGAGACUCUCAUGCCUGAUGGUAUGUCAUCAUCUCCUGUCUCUUCAAGAUGGGACCAUCUAGUUGCAGAAAAACAAUCUCAGGACUCCCAUUGAUUCUACAUUAUGAUAAGUCGUGUAAUUAUUUCAUUAUUACAAUGUAGUAAUAAUAGAAAUAAAGUGCACAAUAGAUGUCAUAUGCUUGAAUCAUCAUCCUGAAACCAUCCUCCAAACCCCCAAACCCCCAUCUGUGGAAAAACUAUCUUUCACAAAACUGGUGCCUGGUGCCAAAAAAGUUGGGAACUGCUGCUCUAUCGCUUCCGCACUAGAAUUUACUAAUGAGUAAACUCUAAAUCAAUAACUAGUUUUAAAAGCAUAACAAGAAUAUGUGCUGUCUGGCUGCAGUGGCUUAUGCCUAUUUUCUCAGCACUUUGGGAGGCCAGAGCAGGUGGAUCACUUGAGGCCAGGAGUUCAAGACCAGCCUGGACAAUAUGGUGAAUUCCUGUCUCUACUAAAAAUACAAAAAUUAGCCGGGGGUGGUGGUGCAUGCCUAUAGUCUCAGCUACUCGGGAGGCUGAGGUGGGAGAAUCACUUGAAACUGGGAGGCAGAGGUUUCAGUGAGCCAAGAUCAUGCCACUGCACUCUAGCCUGAGCGACUGACUCCAUCUCAAAUGCAAAACAAAACAGAAAGAAUACGUGCUGACAAAAAAAAUCUAAAAGAUAAAAUUGUAUUACUAGGCUGUUAACAUAUUUUGUUUCCCAUUAAAUGUGUGACAUGCAAAGAUGUUUAUUAGAUGAAAAUAUUUUUGUACCUUUU